UCGGAUGUCGGCUAUUGUUCCUCUCAAGGGAAAACAUAUCACGAAGCAUAUUGAUCCAAUGACUUAUGAAAUAAUUUCAGUUCCAUUCCUUUCGCCUCUGAAUAUAAUCAGAGUUAAAAACCAGUCUUUAAGCUUCCAAAACAAUUGGUAAUUUAUUGUUUUCCAAGCCAUCAGUGAAAUCUCGUAAAUUAUGCAUUAUGUUUUUAUUUUUGCAUCAUUUCUUUCUGAGCCAAUUUCUGUACUGUUUACCGGAGAUUAGAUUUGUUUUAACACGCCAUUAUUGUGUUCAAACGUCAUAGACGAUGGCGCAUUCGCCUUUGAAAGGCAUCAGAUGGAUAUUACGAUCGUCCCCAUUAAGUAACUUUGCUCUUUCCUUAGCCGCUGCCAUGAACACAAAACCUGUAAAGUAACCACGUUCUCUCGCUUCAUGAUCUUAUUAAUUUACGCCCUCGCGUAAUUUCCUUUAUCCACUGAAUAUCAAAUUUAAUUAUACCAGAUUAUGCAUUCAUUUUAAGAUACCACGUUGGUGCGAAAUUGGAAAAAAGCAUGGAUUAACUUAACUCCUCUGACAGGUUAGGCCAAGGUACAAUGAUAAACAUGGGUUUUUGCCUGGUACAACUGUCACGAUUAGCGACGUAAUGGCGGCGGUACGGUUCUUUUGUCAGGUCAGUUAGUUGGCACAAAGGACUAUUUCCUCACAACCUCACAAACAGAAUCGACUGGAAAAUAUAUUAGGAGCGAAGGGGCUAUCCACUCUUCGCUUACAACUCGGAAUCCACGAGUAUUUGCUAUGGCUGAAAACCAAUCUACAAGGUACCUUAGUCCAUGUCAAUUUUUGACUGACUCUUUCGAGGACCCUGAGAAUUUGUACAUUCACAAUUUAAUUUGUUCAGUUUUGAACUGUAUAUUCAUGCUGCCAGGCAUUUGUGGAAAUGUACUGGUUAUUUCAGCAGUGUGGAAAACUCCAUCUCUUCAAACUCCGUCCAACGGAUUACUUCUGUCUCUCGCUACUUCUGACCUGGCCGUAGGAAUGUUAGCUCAACCUUCAUUUUCAGUUUGGCGAAUUUCGCAAAUGGUAGGCGACAUAAAAGUUCACUGUGUGGCAGGAGUAAUGUCAGAGUCUUUUGGCUGGCUGCUCGCUGGUGUUUCAUUGUUUACAAUUACUGCCAUCAGUUGCGAAAGAUUUCUGGCUGUACACCUACACUUACGAUAUCAUGACACUGUAACAAGACGUGGCAUUGCCAAAGUUGUCCUCAGUUUUUGGUUAAUUUGGAUUCUUAUCACUGUCAUGAGAUUUGUUCUCAUAAACAGGAAAAUUCUCAGGAUCAUUGCCGUCAAUUUCCUGGUGCUAACCUCGACUAUCAUGUUUAUAGCAUAUAUCAUGAUUUUUAGGCUGGUUCGACGACAUCAGAUGCAAAUUCAACAACAAUGUUUCACGAGAUCCCAAGCCAACGGCCGUAAUCCUGGUAAUAAGACCAUCGAUAUGGUUCGAUAUAAACGGUCUACAAUAACCAUGUUAUACAUUUUAGGAUUUUUUCUUCUCUGUUAUUUUCCAUUUCUGGUCGUUAUGCUUGUUCAAAUUGCCAUUGGAGAGACUCUCCAAACAAAAGUUGCCUACUUGUACACAGUGACAUCAAUUUUUAUCAACUCAGCAGUAAAUCCGUUAAUUUAUUGCUGGCGUAUGAAGGAAAUAAGGAUGGCGAUCAUGAAAGUUAUCAAUUCAGUGCAUGUUAACGCUAUCGAGCCAGAGAGGUCAAGAAGUUGCGUUGCAACAAAAAGACAUCCUUCUAUCGAGUUAAAAACUAUACAACCAUCGUUCAUUACGGAAUAUAGGGCAUUUAGCGAGAGUAAUUUAAAUACUCAGAUUUUCAACUCUAUAAAAUUUGAUGUAAGCAACGACUCGAAAUCGAGAGAAGUAAGUUCAGAUGAAAAUUAUCCAACUCGAUCUUUAGAACGAAUGUACAAAAACUGCACGAACUAGCAAAUAACUAAUAAUUUCCAAAAUUUUCAGCUUAUGUUAUUUAAGGACUCGAAGAGAAAAAAGCAUGACUGUGUUGGCAGAACAUGAAAAUGUUUUGAUAACACAAUCUCUUCAUCUAAUAACUUACACUAAAAACGUGUGGGUGAAAAAUUUAAUAGUUCAUUUAAAGUUGUCAAAUUUGAUAAAAAGGAGUUCAAAUUAUCGACCCGUUUCUUUCAAGAUUUCAUAUACAGGGUGUGAUAUUUUAGGAUUGUGAUCAGUUGCCAAAAAUUAACUUUGAUUCAAAACUAAUCCGAGUAUGGGUUUUUAUUCAAAGAAGUAUUUUUAGUCCUCGUACCUAAAAUUGGUCGUUAUCUGAAUAAUUAUCUGUUUAAAACCAGAGAUUUGCUGGUGCUGUUUCAGGUUUUCAGGUUUCAUGGGCGGAAAUUUUCUGCCGUACUCAUUUUACUCCCGAAGUUAAGACGUAAAUAUGGAAUCCUUAAAUAUGUACGGAUUCAAUUUUUAAAAAAACAGUUAUUUUAUCUUCAUAAGAAGUAUCGACCUACCUAUUCACCUGUCAUUAUUCAUUCUUAGUCAUUGUCAUUCAACUUUGGGUACAAGAUAUGUAGCACUACCUCCCCCACAGCACUUUUCUUCACGGUCCCUAAACCUCACCCUACCCCCCUACUUCUGAUGAAACUCAAUCCGGUGUUCAGACCUAAAUAAUAGUCGCUUUAGGCUUUUUAAUCGCUACUCCUGUCAAUGGCACAUUUGUUAAGUGAACGCCGACGAAAUUCUUGCUUAUAUGCGUUCGAUAAAAGUGGCUUAAAAUUUCUCAUUGAUAACUUCCCAAACUUAAGGGUCUGUUAUUGCGUCAACCAAGGCAGUUUUUUUCCCUCUUCCUUCCUUUGUUAUGACAAAGUUCUAGAAAUUUAUUUUAUGGCCAACAUGUGUGCGGGCAAGAAUACGUUACGAUGUGUGAGGUAUGUAGUUCAA